AUGAUCCGAUAUUCAUAUGCUAAUAUUAGCAAACCUGUAAAAUCAAAUACAGUUAAAGUCUCUGAGAAUAAGUACACUUUUGAGUAUCCAUGUGAAAGUACAUUUGAUUGUACAGAUUAUAUCAUCCAUCUUCCUCGUGGCACAUACAAAUUUGAGUUGUAUGGUGCCUCGGGAGGAAGUUCUCAAGGUAAUGUUUCUUCAUAUCGAUUUCCAACUGAUCAAUGCAUCUUAGAUGAAACUGUUAAAAACGUUGGUGGCAACACAAUCUGUCUUCGAAAGCCGAAUAUUGGUGGUGCUGGUGCAUAUAUUAGUGGCAUCAUCACCUUAAACAAAGAUAUCAUUUCAUAUGCCACUAUUGGUGGCAAAGGUCAAUUUAAAUAUAAAAUCCAACAAAGUAAUAAUGAUGAUUGCUAUUUAAAAAAUAAUAUGAUUGAAGGUGGAUAUGGUGGUGGAGGUUAUUCCUCUAAUUUUUUUUAUUCCGAUUCUGAUUUUGGAUCUGGUUCCGGAGGCGGUCAAACCGCUGUCAAAUUUGAAGUGAAUGAUCUUUGGCACCGAGUUAUUGUGAGCGGUGCUGGAGGUGGCAGUGAUGAUAAAGAUGGAACAUAUGGCGAUUUUAAUGAUGGAUCAGGCGGUGCAGGAGGUAUUAUUGGUCAAGGAUGGUUUUCAAGUGGUAUAUAUAAUUUUAAUUAUACGGCAAAUUCUACAUCAGGAUUCAGUUUUGGUUAUGGCGAAUCAGUCCAAAAAUAUAAAUCUUUGAAUCCAAAAGGAGUUCAAUCAUAUUAUGGUGGUUCAGAUCGUGCCGGUGCCGGCUCUGGAUGGUUUGGUGGCUUUGCAAGUCAUGAUAGUAAUGCAGGUUCAGGAGGAGGAAGUUCAUGGGUUUUAUCUAAAGAUGCUAUUAUUCCUCAAGGAAAGAUUGAAGCAUUUGAUUCAUUCUACCAAAGCAUUGGAAAAUAUGAGUAUGCAUUUACAAAAUCAGAUUAUCUUUUUGAACAUAUUUUCCAUACCUCCGGUGUUUGGGAAGGCAAUGGUAAACUUAUUAUCACUAUCCUCAACCACUGUAUUUUUAAUACAAAAUUCCUUUGUUAUCGACUUCAUGUUAUUGAUUAUUUCCUAAUAUUUCUUUUAGUUAACGAUAGUUAA